AUGUUCUCGGAGUAUGCGUCUCGGUUUCUCGCUCAGUCACAGUCGCGAGUAGCUUCUCGCCCGGACGAGCUUCAAAGAAACAGCCGAGUGCCUCCAAGCCAACGGCAUGGCAGCUCCCGAAACCCUUCCUCGCGGUCUUUCCUAAGAGGCGGUGACCCAUAUCGACAUGGCACAUCCCAAAUCUCCAAUUUUCCCUUUGCCUCCCGAGCAUCAACGCAACAGGCUCCUCUAUUCUUUAGUGCCACUGAUGAAUUCCGCGAAGAAGACGAUGAGACUGAGCGCGAGCGGGAGAUCGCUGAUUUCUAUGCACUCCAGCGGUCAAGACGGCAUUUUGGUGAUAGCCAUCUGAAAGAAUCCUCAGAAAAUGAUGAAGACUCGAAUCAGUCAGUGGAUUUUAAUGAGGAGCACUCUCAAUAUGAUGAUCGUCCCGGUAACGGGAAGGGUAUCAAAAGCUCAUGGCGUGGGGAGAAAGGGCUUCCUGCUAUCCACCAGUCCCGGAUCGAAACGGUAGCAGAGGUCGCUGAGCAAGAUCACAUUUCUGACGCUAGUCCUGGCAACAGUCGAGUCAGGAGUAACCUGGUUGAUAUCGGACUGGAAGACUCUGUGCGGGAUGGCGCAGGCAACGAUGAUAGUCGUGCCGCCUCUGAACUCAUUCAUGAGGCGGCACCUAUUCAGAGAUUCCGAGAACGACCGUCGGUGAAAGGUGACUCUUUCGGCUAUGCGAGAGAUGACAGUCCGUCAGAACAAACCAAACCGCUGUUUUCUUCAGAAGCCCGGCGACGACCAAGCUCUACGUCGUCCUUUCCAGCCUCGAUUUCCCCUCUGACAUCCGAAACAUCCAUGCAUGAUAUUUUCUGGGGCCAGCUUUUUUUGAUCGCUCUUGCCAGCUUGUUUGCGACCGCUUUCUUGGUCUACUUGCAUACCUCUACUCCCUCCGGAGACAAGUCUAAAUGGGGUGAUACGAUCUAUUUCACAGUUCAUCGAUCGUUCUUUAGGCUUGGGGUCUACACAAUUGUAUCGGUUUUAGUCUCUCUCGUAUGGCUCGCUCUCCUGCGAUCUUACGUGCGGGUGCUUGUCUACCUUAUUAUCAUUGCUGUCCCCACAAUUCUUUAUUCUUUUUUCCUCUAUCCCUUCAUUUCAAGCUUCAAGGGCGAUUGGCAUGGAUCCAGCGUCCAGGACAAAGCGAUGCGCUGGGGCUCAAUUGUCCCAUUUAUCAUGGCCAGCCUAUGGAUUUACAACGUGGUCAGGGGUCGCCAGUCCAUUGGAAAGGCAAUUGGCGUUCUCGAAUUCUCAUGUCGAAUCCUUUCCGCGAAUCCCGAGCUGCUUGCGCUCGGGAUGGGUGUUUUGGUCUGCGUGGCAUCCUGGACGUGGCUUUGGAUGCUCAUGUUUACCCGUGUCUUCCUCGGCGGCCAUUUGUCUGAGUCGCGAUCAUUCAUCAUCAAUGUCAGUAGCUGGUGGCUGGGCGCAUAUUUUGUAUUGGUCUACCUUUGGUCCAUCGGUGUGAUUGCUGGCGUCCAGCGAGCCGUCACCGCUGCAACUGUGAGCCAAUGGUACUUCCACCGUCUGGCCAAACCAGCACCCACGUCGAGGCAGAUUGUUCAGGCAGCCGUCAUCCAUGCUACCACCACCCUCUUCGGCACAAUCUGUCUAUCUCGUCUGAUUGGAAUGCUGAUUCGACUCCCUCUCCUCAUACUCCCAAGCCGCCUCUCCUCGGUGCUGAGCCUCUUUGCCUACUCUCUGGUCCCCACCCCCAUCGCCUAUUUGACCAAUCCACUCUCGCUCACCUACGCCGCAAUUCAUUCCCAACCACUGGGAGCCUCUGCGCAAGGCUUGAGCCAAAUGACUAUUCUCGCCCCGUCGGCAGCCUCGACGUCUUUGCAUCCCAGCUCGUAUGCUCGCACUCACGGGGCCUCGUCGUCUUUGCUUUCCUAUCGUCUUUCAAAACUGAUUCUUUACGCCGCGCGGUUCAUAAUGUCCUUGGCCCUGGGCUUUGGCGGGUGGGUCACCACUGCCCGAAGUCUAAAUACCUCUGCUACCGGCGGCACAAUUCGAGGCAGCCUGUACGCCUAUGUGGUCGGCCUCAUUGCAGGUACAAUUGGCUGGAGCAUCCUGGGUGCCAUUGAAAGUGUCAUCGCAGACAUAGUCGAUGCCUCGGUGAUUUGCUGGGCAAGCGAAGUGGGCGUCUAUGGCCGAGAAGCGCGGUAUUGUCGUGAGGCUGGGUGGCUCUUUGGCGAUACCAACGCAAAUGCCCGGCAUGAGUAUGCAGAUGUCUAG